CCCCAUUCAGUUGCACUGCCUGAGGAAGCUGCUGUGCAGAGAGCUGUUAUAGCAGGUGAUCGCCCUUAUUUGGUAACAGCCCAGAUCACAUGACCACAAAAUGGUGGAAGCUGUGAGCUGUUUGUAAGCUGAGCAUCUCCACCGAGAGGCUGGGAGCAAGAAAUAGGCAGGGAACUUGGAAGUACAUCCAUGCUCUGAGACACACGAGGACAGAGAUUCCCUAGCCCCAGCAGUGGUGAGUCGAUGGCUUUUAUUCUGUGAAGAUAAAAAGAAUAGAAAGAGGGAUAUGUUCUUGUUUUUUUUUUUCUUCUCCCAGCCAGCAGACAGGAAGCCAGAGUGAGGGAGGGGCUGCUGUCAUCAGCACUGUGGUCCUGUGCUGUGCUGUGGAAGUGGAUGUGAAGCAGCUCAGCAUCCUCCAUGGAUGCACAUAACAGCUGAUGCUGAUUUUGUUAUUCUGCAAUAGAGUAAAAUGAACUCUGAGGGGGGCGAAGGCAGACCAGUCCCUCCUACCUCUCUGCCCCUGCAAGGAGGUCCAACCCAAAGAAAAAAGCUAUCUGCCCCUCGUAUCAGCCUGUCACUGGACCAGAGCGAGGAUGACUUGGGGGAGACGCCAGAUGAUCUCGACAUUAACGUUGACGACCUCGACACUCCAGAUGAGGGAGAUUACCUCGACUACACCGACCAUGAAAUGGACUGGGAAGACCCCAAUGCAGCCAAUAGGAGUGGGAGAAGUGAGCCUUACGACCCAAUCCCGACAUACAGCGCUGAGGAGGAGCGCCAGGACAGCAAACUAUGGAGGACAGUCAUCAUUGGGGAGCAGGAGCACCGUAUCAACAUGAAGAUCAUUGAGCCCUACAUGAGAGUCAUCUCCCAUGGAGGCUACUAUGGCAACGGAGUGAAUGCCAUCAUAGUGUUUGCUGCCUGUUUCCUGCCAGACAGUGACAGAGUGGACUACCAUGAAAUAAUGGAGAACCUCUUCCUCUAUGUGAUCAGCACACUGGAACUGAUGGUAGCAGAGGACUACAUGAUCGUGUACCUGAAUGGAGCCACACCCCACAGAAGAAUGCCUGGCCUUGGUUGGCUGAAGAAAUGCUAUCAGAUGAUUGACAGAAGGCUCAGGAAGAAUUUGAAAUCCUUCAUUAUUCUCCAUCCAUCGUGGUUUAUCAGGACCGUUCUAGCCAUUACCAAGCCCUUUAUCAGCACCAAGUUCAGCAGUAAGAUAAAGUAUGUGACCAGCUUGGACGAGCUGCAUGAACUCAUCCCCAUGGAAUGCAUCCAGAUCCCAGAGUGCAUCAUUAGACUUGACAAGGAACUGAAGGACGCAGCAGAGAACUCAAAAGUGAAUAGUUUUCUGCUGGGACCGGAGCCAACAGCAGCAGGCAGAACAGACAGACCAGACGAAGCCGGUGCCAGCAGCUCCUAAACCCAAACAUCCUAAAUGGAUGGGUCACCUCAAUGUUCAGAAGUCACUGUCGUAUUUUAUGGGUAAAGCUGGAAAACAAAGGCAAAGAAAGGCUUGUUAAGCUAGUGUGUGUGCGUGUCAGUGGUUGUCAAUUAGACACUGGAGUUUAAUAUGAAAACACAACUUACAAUAGUACCUGAGUUAUCUCUUUCUUUAUGGCUGCUGUAGCAUCUACAGUACAUCUACUGUACUGUACCUUACACCUGCAAUCCAGAGAGCUAUAUAGUCAAGUGUGAUGCUUGGCAGCACUUACAGAGUAGCAUCAUUGUUCAUGGUAGGGUAGGAAAUGCAAUUACACACCAGACAGUGCACUGCGCAAAUCCAUUUGUAGAGUCUAUGGUGUUGUUGUGUGCAUGAGAAGCAGUGAAGCAAUAAUAUCACCCUUUACUGGUCACACACUCAGUAUUUCGAAUAAAGAAGCAACUUGUGUGUCAGCAAUUUACAAUAAAAGCACAAGGUCUUUGCCAAAAAAAACCUUGUGCCAUAGAUGAUGACCAACUAUUGCAUUUAAGCAAUCCAAUCCUCUGUCUUAAUACUUGUUCUAGAAAUGGAAAAUAAAUCUACAAAUGGAUAUUUUAACAUUAUGGAGUCUAUCUGAAACCAAGGAGGAAUAAGUUAAAUAUGAAACCAAGUUCAGUGCAAUGUGAGAGCAUGUCUUUUUAGCCCUGCAAAUGUGUGUGUGUGUGUGUGUGUGUGUGUGUGUGUGUGUGUGUGUUUUCAAUCUGUUUCUGUCAAUUACAUAAACAUAAGCUGGGAAUCAUCUCUUCAGCUUCUCCUGGAUCAUCAGGAAAAAACCUCAGAAUAAAGUAAAGAUGGGAUUUCUGUAAAGCACAAUAUCUUCUGUGUGUUUGUGUGUGUGUGUUUCCACACGCAUGUGUGUGUUUGUGCAUCAUUGCAUGUCCCCUCAUAGAUAACUGAUGGUCCUCUUACCCAUGAGUCUUCUACUGUGGUGUAUUGAGGAUGUGCAAAGCAAUUAUGAAUCACUGUCUAGUAAUCCAAUAAAAAUAGACAGAAGUCUGAA